UACUAGAGUAGUAGUUUACUAAACAAUAUUUAAGGCUCCACUCGUAAACGUUGACACAUUCGAAGUUUGACUGCGAUUAUACUUGCUUACCAUUAUGGCCGGAUUUGAACGUUGGGUUGGAAAAGUGGCGGUUGUUACUGGUGCCAGUGCAGGAAUUGGUGCGGACAUUGCUAAGCAAUUAGCACAAAAAGGAGUCAAGGUUGUUGGUCUGGCCAGAAGGAAGGAAAGAGUGGAGGCCCUAAGCAAGUCGUUGUCAGGAGCUUCUGGAAAAUUAUACGCUGUACAGUGUGAUGUUUCCAAAGAGGAAGACAUUAAAAACGCCUUUAAGUGGACCAGUGACAAUGUAGGUCCAGUACACAUUUUGGUGAACAACGCUGGUUUUGUUAAUAACAAUAAUUUGAUCGACGGUGACACCGACAAAUGGAGGCAAGUGUUUGAGGUGAAUGUAAUCGGCUUACUUACUGCCACCAGGGAAGCAGUCAAAAUUAUGAGGGCCAACAACAUCGACGGACACAUCAUUAACAUAAACAGCAUCGCCGGUCACUAUGACCUUUAUUUCCCCAGAAUCAACGUGUAUCCCGCCACCAAACACGCUGUCACCAACUUGACAGAGACUUUAAGGAAAGAAUUCAACGCCAACCAGCUGAAAAUUAAAGUCACAAGUGUGAGCCCUGGAGCUGUCAAAACUGAGUUUGCUGAAGCUAGUCAAAUCGAUUUUGGAGAGAUGAUGAAUCACAUACCCUUUUUACAGUCGGAGGAUAUUACUGAGGCAGUCGUUUAUGCUCUCUCAACUAAACCACACGUCCAGAUUCAUGAAAUUAUGAUCCAUCCAGUGGGAGAACAAUAAUUUAAUUUUUACAGGCACACUUUUAUAUUUUUUACUGUUGUAUUACCAAUAAAAUACAUUUAAAAUAUAA